AUGUCGGUGUCUGAGCCUGAGGACAAGGAUUUGGCCAAGGAUGCAGACGGUGGUCCGCAGGAGACAGAGUUACAGCGUUCCACUGUUGAAGUUGAGACAAAGGAGACUGAGGCUGAAGAAGAGAAGAGACGGAAGAUUGAGACUGCGACUGAGACAUUGGAAACACAACUUGAAGUUGAAGUUGAAGUCAAGAAGCUUUCAGCCGAUGCAGACGCAGGGCAUCCGCAAAUGCAGAACCCAAAGAACAUGUCAGAGUCAGCACCAAAGAACGCUGAGGCUGAGGUGAAGCCUGCAGCUGACGAUGGUCAAGGGACCGGGGGUGGCGCCAAUGAUGGUGAACAUCAUCCCAAUCCCAAAGACGCUGAGAUCAUGAGGGAGCCACAUGAUGGACAGAGCCACAUGGACACGGAAGAGUCUCAGAACCAGAUGGACACAUCGGCAGCCACCCAAGGGAUCAAGACAGAGCAAGAUGAUGAGGCAAUGGAUGCAAACGAUGAAGCUGGCCAAGAUCGCGUCAGGGCUGAGAUGGACGAUGAUAUUGACGAACCGAAUUUGUUGGAGUACUUCGGAGAUGUGCUGCCAGUCUUCCUAUGUGAGAUUUCGCCUGCCAAGCAGAAGUUCUUGUACAAGUGUGUGUUGCCCAGUAUGCUUGGAAAUGAGGACGUUUACAUUACAAAGCUGUCUGACGCAAAGCAGCGGUGCCUGUGUGCCUUUGCGGCAGUUGUGAUUAUUUUUGCUGCUGCUGUUCAGCUGUUGAUGGUUGUGUUGGAAAAGAUUCGGGAACUUGGUUACGCAGUGUGCGCCUGCAAAUUGAAAGCAUCUGACUUCCAGCUACCACAACGCCGCACCCGGUACUACAUCAUUGGCAUUCAGCAUCCUGGCGGUGGUUUGCCUUGCUUUGCUGAGCCUGUUGCGCAAAUGGAUGAUUUCAUUUUGGACGAUGAUGUGCAGCAGUUGACGGAUGAGCUUUGUCGACGACAAGAGCGCAGAGCCAAGCAGGACGCUGAAGAGAAGGAGAAACAAAAAGCAGAGUCUGGCAAAUGGCCUGAAGUCCAUUCAGCUCUGGCAGAGAAAUGUUGUGCCGACAAUCCUGCCAGGAUCCAAGCUUUGGCAUGUCCAAAGGUUUGCAACACCGUGCGUUAUGGCUUCCUGCUGGCAGUGUUGUCCGUUUUCAGGUUUGAGACGGACUCUGAAGUUGAGGAGUUGCAAUCUGUCUCGAAUUUGAUGCAGACUUGGCAACCAGUGCUCUACGACGAUCCCGUCGUUUUCUCGCAGCACGGUGGAGAGGCCAGCGAGUUUGGCGUGUUUGACGAGAGGACUUCGAACCCAACACCUUUGAAGCAGAAAAGUGAAGUUGAAGCUAAUGUUACACAGUAUGCUUUGUGGACGUCGGAAUACAGCCCGGCGCACAACCAGUCCGCAGAAGAAGUUGUUGACUUGGAUCAGCUGGCGCAAGCUCGGAUCGGAUGUGACAUCACCAAAGUGCCCGGCGACGGAUGGUGCUUCUUUCAUGCCGUCAGUCGGCACUGCAGCAAUUGGAACACGUGGUCGAUAACGCGCGCCGCAGAAUUAUACCUGCAGGCGUUGGAGUGGUUGUGCAAUCAGAAAUAUGGUCCAAAGGCAGAAGACGUUCAGCUUGCCUGCGUGCCCUUCGAUGAUCGAGAACUAGAGUUGCGUAAGCAGUAUCUUCUGCGCGCGCACAAAUCCAACCCGAGCUUAGCAGAGCUCACGGACUCAGAGAUUGUGCUUUUGAGCAAGCUAGUUGCGGUGCUACAGAAACCGCGUGCCUUGGACUCCAUCCACCAUGGGUCUUUCGUCGAACUAUGGGCGCUCGCAGAGACAUUCGAUUUUCACUGCCUGAUUUGGAGUCAGGACGUGGACCACAACCUGUGGGUGCGAGACCAAGCAAUUGUCAGUGACCAAGAAGCCCAUGCAAGACUACAAGAACAUCCACAAGUGUUAGAACUUCUGCACCGCCAAAUCGGCGUCACCGGCCAUUACGACAUAGUGGACAGAUCUGCGUCGCUGCGGCCGCCGUUUCCGGACACCACCUGGACACUGGAGUGGAAACGCGCCGGAGCUGACGCCGUCUUGCAGCGGGCAGCGGACACUCUAGAGACGCCUCUGCCACCCAUGCCGCCGCCGUGCGAGCCACCGCAAAGUUUGCCGCAAGAGCAUCGCUCACGCAGAGGAAGCACGGCGGAGCUCGACGGCGAGAUCGACAAGCCCACCACAGACGGUGUGUGCCAGGGCUCUUCCAGACCAGCACGACGUCGCCGGACAGGCGUGCGCAUCGCGCAGCAUUUCCAGCCAAGUUGCGCGGAACAUAGCUCCUGCAAGCACGAGACGUCUGCGCGCUGUGACGGAGCCAUCGAACAAGAAGACCAUGUGGCCUCGCAUCCACCGACAGCAACCGCAGCCACCGAUGCACAGCAACACACAGAUCCAAGAUCCACCGUGCAGAGGGGGGCAGACGACGUCUGGCCACAGUCCAACGCAGUGGAAGAAUCCGAAGGAACGGCCACGGACGUGGACUUGGACAGUGUGCUGUCGUGGGAUUCCGAAUCUAGUGGAAGGUCCAAUGACGCAGACCUACCAGCGGUCGUCGAACCACAUAAAAGCCGGGUGACGAUAGAGGACCGCGCAAUAGACAGCGCCAAGCACUUGGCGACGCACUUCCGGUUACGCCCUUUAUUGCCAUGCGUGUUGAGUGACAAAGACUUGCAAAAAUUAGGUUCAAACUCUGGAUUAGUGUAUCCCGCAGUGCAUUGUGCGUUCGACGGUUGUCAGUGGGCUUCUGAUGUGCAACCAUGUCAUCCCCACUGGUCAAAAGAAAAAGUCUGGCGCAUAGAAGGCACGACUUGGUCACACUCAGCCAGAGCCUGCUGCGGCAAUGCUGCCACGUGCUUGUGGGCGCACCUGAAAGAAAACCAUCACGCAGUCUUCGAGGAGGCAGCGCAUCGCGCAGCCGGAGGCUCGGCCGAGCUCGCAAUUCCCAGCCAAUACGUGAAUGCCUUGUUGCAGAAAGAAGAUCAACAAGUGCCACAGGUCGGUUGGAGUGUGGAUCGUCGAACCCUGCGACGACUGCAGAAAGAAUUGCAGGAGACGUCGUGCGAAGCCUUGAUAUGUGCAUGCUGUGCUCGCAUCCAUGCCGGGGGUGCUGCUGGGGACAUUGCCUAUUUGUCCGCAGCGGAGUUGUUUGGUUCCCUUUCUCUAGAAAGCUUCACCUGCAACUGGAAUUUGGAUACAUACAUGAAGCAGUACGCCACCAGUGCUUGCGUCCGUGACCGCUUUGACGCACAUGAAUGGUCGCGCCUUUUGCCUGCCUCUCUAUACAAUGGCCAAAAGAUUGUGUGUUGCCCAGAAGACUUGCGCUGCACAGCUUGUGAUGUAGGCAAUGGGCAGCUUUGCGAAACAUGUGAGCUUCCUAUCUGCCACCAAUGCCUGGUGCAGAUGUUCGACAAACAUGUUCUUGCAGUUCCACAAGCUCUAGCCAAUGACAACUGGUACGGCUACCCCACAGAGUUGUUAUACAAACACAAAGUGCGGUGGAUAGAAGCAGCCGCCGCUAGCCCAGUGUGGACGUCCGUCGUCACGUAUUAUGUAGAAGCAGACAGAGGGCACCUGGUGGAAGAAACCCUCCACCGCGCGGAGCAUCGUUCUGCCGUUCGAGGUAAUGUUUCCUCAUUUAGCUUACCUUGGGAAGAAGUCUUGCAAGCGUUCGCUCCACAAGCAAACACUAGCAUGCCGUGGACAAACUUGCCGCAGAAGCCCAAAGUUCUGCAAGCCCUGGUUAAGAUUACUGUGAAAGGCAUGCGUCACAAUGAGGCGAUAGAGUGGGUGGCCGGCGCACGGAUCCGACCAUGGGUGGUCGUUGCAUUGUUGCAACAUUUGAUCGACUUGCAGCAUCCAAUGUGUGACAAUCACAUCUCCCCGGAGAAAGCAAAAGAAGAAGUGAAACAACGGGUCACAAAUAUAUAUGGCACGGAAGAGACAAUGCCGCUCGGGGAAGGCAUUCUCGAAGACGUGCCUGUGGCCGCGCCACUCUCGUCGGCGCAAUCCACCCACAAAGCGCGACCCACCAAGUCUUCGCGCUCGCGUCCGGCAGUAACCGUAGACACUGCAAGUGGCGACCAUAGCAUCGUCACGACCGACGACCAUAGCCUGAUCAUGGGCACGCGGCUACUGCCUAGCGAGCUUUCUCGUGAUCCUAGUCAGAGCCAGCAUGCACUUGCACGCACCACAGUCUCCACCACACCAACCGAGCUCUCAGUUGUGGCCUCCAACAACGCCCAGAGCAUCGCUCGGGGCGCAUCGAUUGUUGUCGCAGCCGACGACAACCCCUGCAUUGCCGUCGCCGAGGCACUGCAAAAACCUUGUCCGCAAGCAUGCGCUCGCAAACCAGCCGAACAGCGCCGCCGCAGAAGCAUGCGACGCCGGAAACGGCGGCGUCCGCAGCACUGGAUGGCCAAGCUUUCACUGGAGUACAUCGACCAAACGUCCUAUCCCAAGACUACGCAGCUUCUGACUGGAGGGAGCCAGAUCUAG